UAACGUCAUCAUUAUUUAGGAACGUAAGCGACGCACGUUGCUUCGCUUCAGUAAAAACCCAACAAUCAAAGCUGUGAGAGCAGCCACAUUUCUGCGUAUUCAUGGCAAAUGGGUGUAAAGAUAUGCUUUUUGCCCGUGGAGCUGGACAAAGUGAUGAUUCUGACAUCUGGGAUGACACUGCACUGAUAAAGGCCUACGACAAAGCAGUCGCGUCAUUUAAGACUGCCCUGAAGGAUGAGGAGGACACGACAAUCUCAAAGAAAGACAACCCUGGCAAGAAACGGAAAAACCACAAAAAGAACCGCAGCAGAAAGAGAAGCGGUGCUCCUUCCGAUAAAGAGUGGCAAGUCGGCGAGCCCUGCUGUGCCUACUGGUCUGAAGACGGCAAGCUUUACGCUGCCACCAUCUCCUCCAUAGACGAGAAGAGGGGCACCUGUAUAGUUGUGUUCACAGACUAUGGGAACGAGGAGGAGCUGAACCUCCGAGACCUUCUGACUGAGAGCUCCGAGGUAGAGGAGGAAGCCCCCGACAAGGUUAAAGAAGCAGAGUCUUCUACAAAGGAGAGCGAUAGGUCGUCCGCCCCACACCCUCACAGUCACGCGCCACGCUCUAAACCUAAAUCCAAAUCCCCCAAAGUACCUCCGAUGUGGGGUCCAGGUUUCCCUGGCUUUCCCCCAGGUGCCCCUCCCAUGCCUGGCUUCAGAACGGGAGACUCUAGACGACCUGGGGCCUCCGGGCCUGCCCCUCCGGGAUGGCCUCCCAUGACGGCCUCUGGGCCACCGAUGAUCCCUCCCCCUCCCCCCAUGAGUCCAGACGGAGAGGACGAUGAGGCCUUGGGAAGUAUGCUGAUCGCCUGGUACAUGAGUGGAUACCACACCGGAUACUACAUGGGGUUAAAGCAAGGCCGCAAAGAAGCUGCUGGAAAGAAGGCUCACCACAAGUGAAGGGGACUUCGUCCUUACCUGGUAAAUAAAUUAUAAAUAGGAGUUUUUUAGUCAUUUACUAAGCUGACUUACUUUAGUGUUUUUUUUUAUUGUGUUGUAGCCAUUACCUGCUCGGAACGGGUUCCAUUGAAUUCUUUCUUGACCGACUUGCAUGAGCCUCCGAUGUUUCGAUUGCCACUUUGUGGAAAGAAUAUAAUUAUCUUGCCAUUUCAGACAACCGUCAACUAAUAUCUUCAAAACGUUUGUGUUCAUCCCGCCACGAAAAGAAUGACCUUUGUGUUCUGCUGCGGGUCCUAGGUGUUUGUCUCCAUCCCAGAUGCAGAGGACUGGAGUGCUGUGAAUGAAUUGUGACGUGUGUGAAUGAACUCUUUGUUUCAAAGCCUCCAUGUGUUUCGGGGGUUAAGUUUUGUAUUCUUUGUAAAUAAACCCAAAUAAAGGAUCUUAGCUCACAA